AUGGGGGAUUGCAAAUGGUCGCCGCACCACCCCGCCUUGCUCGCAACCGCGUCCGGCGAUGGUUCAGCGCAUAUAGUUGAUCUCCGUGCGGCGGGAGGCUCCGGAAGCGCAAAGCACGUCUUGAGCAUGUCGGUCGGUGGUGAAGUGCUUUCGCUGGACUGGAACAAGUACCGGCAAAUGACGCUUGCUACGGGAAGUACAGACCGGACCAUCAAAAUUUGGGACGGGCGCGGCAACGCUGCAUCCAUGGCAGAGCGCGCUGUCGUUGUCGGUCAUAAUUACGCGGUUCGUGACGUGGCUUGGUCGCCACAUGAGGCCGGAAUGCUUGCGAGUGCCAGCUAUGAUAUGAGCGUCCGGAUAUGGAACGUGGACGAGGCUGUGGCCACUGGACAGGUGCCUAUGCUCAAUACCCCUAAAAAAGUGUAUCCUAUGCACAAAGAGUUUGCCUCUGGCGUAGCCUGGUCGCUCUUCCAGCCUGGAAUGCUGGCAAGCACGUCGUGGGACAUGGAAACACAUGUCUGGCACGCUCUAUCAUAA